AAUCUGUAUUUUAUAUGUAAAAUUCGUCAAUCGUCGUAACUCACAACAAUUAAAGUAAAAUGCGAGUGUCGAGUGAACACUGAAGUGUAUUUAUUUCAUAAACCUAUUGAACUUUUAUUGUAACGUAAUUUAUAUUCCUUACCGUAAACUUAAUUGUUAAACAAACGUUGACUUGCUCAUACUUACGGUAUACAAUGCAAGAUACGAGACCAGAGUUAUACGAGGAGGUGAAGCUGUACAGAAAUGCCAGGGAGAGAGAAAAGCAUGACAAUAUGGCCGAACUCUAUGCUGUGGUCAGCACCCUUCAACAUUUAGAAAAAGCUUACAUGCGGGACUGUGUGCGUGCACAGGAGUACACUGCUGCCUGCAGUCGGUUACUAGUACAAUACAGAGUAGCCUUCAAGCAAGUUACCGGAGAAGAGUUCCCAAAUAUUGAGGCAUUUGUUACAAAAUUCAGGUUAGAUUGUCCGGCAGCAUUAGAGAGGAUAAGGGAGAACAAACCAAACCUGAUUAAAGAUGACAAAGGGAACACUAACAAAUAUAUCGCUGAAAUUGUAUCGCUGUUCAUAACGUUGAUGGAUAAGUUGCGCCUGGAAUUCCGCGCCAUGGACAUGAUCCAGCCAGAGUUACGUGACCUCCGGGACACCAUGGAACGUCUCACCAUGCUGCCUGAUGACUUCGAGGGGAAGCUCAAGGUCCAAGAAUGGCUGGACAAGCUGUCGGAGAUGUCGGCUUCAGAUGAACUAUCAGAGUCCCAAGUGCGACAGCUGCUGUUUGACCUGGAAACUUCAUAUGGAGCAUUCAACAAACUACUCCACAAGGAUUGAUUAAAUGAGACUGUUUUAGAUGCAAGCUCAAGUGAUCUGUAUGAAGUUAUAUUCAAGUCUAUAUAUCCAUUGUAUGCAUAUUAUAAUAUAUUGUUUAAUUAUACUAGAAUAUUCAGAUGUUAUUACUGAGAUGGCUAAAUAAAAAAGCUGUUUUUUUUAUAAAUCAUUAACAUAUUA